CAUUAGACUAAAAAAAAAAAAAACAGCCCACCCUCCAAAAAAACCAACAAAGAAGCUUCAACAGGUUCAACUCGUCUUACACGGUGAGAGAGCUAUUCUCUCAAGUUCAUCCACCAAUGGCUGCCUCUUCAAGCUCUGCCACUCUCAGAGCCAUCUCUUUCUUCUUCAAGCUCCCACCCACCACCAUCACCGCCACUUCACCUUCCCAAAAACUCCCAUCCUUCAAGCUCUCCAAUCCCUUUUUCUCCCAAAACCCCAGGCUCACCACCACCACCACCGCCUCCGUCGCAAGAUCAUUCACCUGCAAGAGCCAGAGCAACCCAUCAGAUCCUUCAAGACCCAUUUCAGCCAAAGUUCAAGAACUGUGUGUGUAUGAGAUGAACGAGCGAGACCGUGGAAGCCCUGCUUGCCUUCGAUUGAGCCAAAAAACUGUCAAUUCUCUCGGCGAUCUCGUCCCUCUCACCAACAAAAUCUAUUCCGGGGACUUGAAAAAGCGGUUGGGAAUAACGGCCGGUUUGUGCGUGCUGAUCAAGAACGAACCGGAAAAGAAAGGAGACCGGUACGAGGCCAUAUUCAGCUUCUACUUCGGAGACUACGGUCACAUAGCAGUUCAGGGGGCUUACCUGACCUACGAGGACACGUAUCUCGCUGUGACUGGUGGGUCCGGAAUCUUUGAAGGGGUGUACGGUCAGGUUAAGCUACAUCAGAUUGUGUUCCCUGUCAAGUUAUUUUAUACAUUCUACUUGAAGGGGAUACCGGAGCUGCCGGUGGAGUUACUGUGUGCGCCGGUACCUCCGUCGCCGGAGGUGGCGCCGUCGCCGGCGGCUCAGGCUUGUGAGCCUGGGUCCGCUAUUUCGAAUUUCACUGAUUGAGUUUGUAAAAAUCAUCGUGAUGAUGGAGAGAGUGCCAAUGGCGAUGGAGAUAAAAUUCACUUUUUCAUGCCCAUUUAACUUUUGUUAAUGGAUAAGCUUGAAUUAGGAAAGACUAUUAAAAUAAAUGGUGUAAUCGAUUAAUUAAAAAUAUGAGUUAUUUAUAGCCUUGUUUAAGGUGCACUAAUAAGUAU